AUGCAGUUGACAAUCCUGUCCGAAAAAUUGGAUUCUCUUACAAUGGAUGACUUUAUCCAUGAAUUUCGAGUCAUACACGCCACGGAGACCAGAACGAUGGCAAAGACCUUGGGGAUCAUUACCAAAUACAUCCAGGGUGUUCGUCUACCGAAUAAAGAUCCACUCCUUCAUCUCCCAAUCCCUGAAGCAGAUCCAUUCGUUCACUCCUUUGCCCAACUUUCUUGGCCAUCUGUUACAGUCCUGCAAGGAGCCCUUUCCACCGAGGGCUAUCGAAAGUCCGCCGGCAGUCAUGUCUUCGCUAUUCCCCUCAAGGUCUACGUGACGGAGAAGUUACACCCUGGAACAGAAGAAGAAAUACAAAGCCCCGACAGCAUUCGUGUGGUGGUUGGACUAUCUCCUCUCUCAACGUCAAGCUUCCCACAAAAAUGGAGCGAACAUGCUGCAUUCUGCCGCUCAAUCUGUGAUCGAUAUCAACGACAUCAAAUAAUUCCUCUUGAUGCCCCGAAAAUAGAACAGAUUUUUGGACACACACAGUUUACACCAAAUGCUGUUGUCACCUCGGGAGGAUAUGAAGAUUUCGUCUUCGGAACACGUACUGAGGCUCAAGCAUUCUUCGACCAACAUGGAAGCGCUAUACGUGAUUCAUAUGACCGUUUUGUUGAUCCGAAAAGCUCGUUUUGUUAUGCCUUUGAUAAUGUCCUACAGUACAGUCCAUCGGACCGUGGUUUUAUUGAGACAGUUGUGGGCUUCUUUAUUGGAAUAGCCUUGCGACUCAAGGUGUUGUUUAACUGUUGA